UUCCAACUCCAAGAUAACUCAAAUGCGCUUCUCCAAGUGCUCCUCCUUCCUCCUCCUCCUCCUCCUUAGUUCCUCGGCCCACGGCGCCGGGGAAUGCGGCCGGGUUCCGGUUGCGAACGUGGCGAUCCGCAUGGCUCCGUGCGCAGGGGCGUCGCAGAGUGCCCGUGCGCCGGUAUCACCCCAAUGCUGCGCCGCGGUGGCGAAUAUUGGCCGGAAUCCCAAGUGCCUGUGUGCCGUUAUGUUAUCUAGUACGGCCAGGAGCGCCGGAGUGAAGCCCGCGGUGGCGGUGACGAUCCCUAAACGGUGCAACUUGAGGAACCGGCCGGUUGGGUACAAGUGUGGAGCCUACACUCUGCCGUGAAAACUAUAUAUAUAUGGUGUAUCAAAUAAGACAACAUAUAUGUGAUGUAUGAGUGCAUGUAUGUAAUAUCUAUAGAUAUGUGAUGGUUAGUGAUGAAUAUGAGUGCAUGUAUGUGACAUCCACAUUUAUAUAUGUGAUGGUUUAUAUGAAAUAUUAGAAUGCGUUACUAUUCU